GUCAAGGUUAACGUUUGUUCGCGUAAGAGGAACACCAUAAAUAUUCCAAAACAAACGCAGCGCAAUUAUUUUCACUAUCAAAUUGCUCAAAUUUCCUUUGAUUUUCAUAAGCAAAUGAAACCUAAAUAAAACAUCCAGAAAUUUCAUAUUACCAGAUCAUCAAAAACUCCCAUAAUAAUAUCAUAGACUAUUUCAGUAAGAGAAUCUCCAUUAUAGUUUGCUAAUUUAUCUUGUAGCUUACCUGAGGGCUGCAAUUGGUAUGGUUUCUAAAUGUUUUAUGUGCUGGAAAGAAACUGGUCAACUCAAUUUCACACUUUGAUUGUAAAUUUGUGUUUGUCCAGAAAAUAUCAGUCUUAUGUCUUGUAAAACAUAGUUGCUCUCUUACAAUAAUCAUAAUGAACUACAUGGUUUAUCUCCGAUAAAAUCAAUUAUAAAUUUUGAUCUUUUUUUGAAAUCAUCAUUCCAAAAAACAGCCAACUUGUUGAAAAAUCUACUCGCAAGGAUUAUUUACGAUGACUUCAAAUUCCCUGAUAGAAGCGGGCUCAAUUGUUAUGCUUCGAGCCAUAGAACUUGAGAAACAAUUAAAAUUUACUGAAAGUUUAACAUGCUAUGAAGAAAGUAUUGGUUUAUUCAUCAAAGCUCUUCGUUCUAUUCCUGAUAAUACACAACCAGAAUUCAAAGACAGAUUCAGGCUGAAAGUUUCAGAGUAUAUAACCCAUGCAGAAAAACUUAAGGAAAAACUUAAAAAGGAAUCGGAAAAUGGAAAUUAUCACGAACAAGUUGUUAUAGAGGAAGGUGCUACUGGUUACGGUUACAAAAAGGUUUUUGGAAGAUUUCUUGAAGAUGGUACAGUUAGCAAAGUUUGGGUGGAAGAUCCGUAUAUCAGAAAUAGUUAUCAAAUUGAGAAUUUUUCUCACUUUUGUGAAGUCAUCAUUCAAUCAGUGUCGAAGGUAAAAUAUAUUUAUUUGACCACUGGAGAAGACGCCCAGCAUCCAGAUGAACAAAUAGAAAAGUUUAAUAUGUUAAAGGGUGAUUUAGAAAAGCAUUCAGUUACUUUUGAGUGGACAUUCUCGGAUACCUUACAUGAUCGAGAGAUACGAUUUGAUAGUGGAUGGAUUGUUAAGAUUGGUCGUGGGUUAGAUUAUAUACGUCGACCUGAACAUAAAUUUUGUGGUCUCGGUGUACAUGACUAUGACUUUCGGACAUGUUCUGCAACAACUAUUGACAUAUUUCAUUCUUCUAUUGUACGUCAAGAUACAUAAAGAAAUAAAUAUGAAUUUUUCUUUUUAAAAACUACUAUAGUAUAUGAUAUUAUUAUCUAUUUACCCUAAAGAUUGAUCAGUAAGGGGAGAAUAAAAACAUCUUGACGGCCUCCAACCUACAACAUUUCUAUAACUUUCCAUUUUCAUUAGUCUUUCAUCUUUUCUAAAAAAAAAGAAAUUAUGUUACAGAAUCAUUUUUU